AUGUAUCGUAUAUCUAGGAUCUUGAGGACAAUUCCGGAAUAUAAAAGAACAAAAUACAAUCCAAAUGUUGUUAAUGAAGCUGUUAAUCCGAAACCUGGAUGGAGACUGCCUUCAGUAGGGAUUUAUGCCGCUUUGGCUGGGUUUAUGCUAACCAUUCCAGUUGUAAGCACAUAUCUCCAUGAUCCAAAUGAAAGGGCUCCCAAAUAUGACCAGUAG